CAUUCAACAUGGCGCUUACAUGAAAGACGUUACGAAAAGCGAAUGGAUUUAAAGACAUUUUUCAGUGGAAAUGUAGGGUAAUCUGUGAUAUUUUAUAACAAAUGACAAGAUGAGUGAAUGAGAGCCCACAUGUUCCAUGCAGGCCAAAAAACGUUACCUAUUUCUGGUUAUUCUCGCCAUUCUAUUAGUCAUUGUGUAUCUCUGUUCUAAAAGCGUAAGCAAAUAUGGCGAAGUCACAUUGUCUCUUGAAAAGAGAGAAUUUCCCACUUAUAUGGAGUCGGAGGCUGUGGACCUAUUCUCCCCAAAGCGUAGGAGGGAAACAAUCACUUCGGAAUCUAAAAAUGAGAAAUGCCGAAUGGACACUUGCUUUGAUUUCACCCGGUGUCUUAGGGGUUUCAAAGUGUAUGUAUACCCCGUGCAGGAGAGAGUGUCGGAAAGUUACACCAAAAUUAUUAACAGUAUCCAGGAGUCUAAGUAUUAUACCACAAACCCGGACGAAGCUUGUAUAUUCAUAUUGUCCAUAGAUACCUUGGACAGGGAUCAACUCAGUGUUAACUUUGCGAAAAACAUUGGGUCCAAAAUUGCCCAGUUGGGACAUCUAUGGAACAAUGGUAGAAAUCAUGUUAUAUUUAAUUUAUUUUCAGGCACUUGGCCUGAUUAUUCAGAGGUGCUUGACUUUGAUACUGGCGAGGCUAUCAUGGCCAGAGCUAGUAUAUCAGAAUCACGAUUUAGACCAAAUUUUGAUAUAUCCCUUCCAUUAGUUGGUAGUGCUCACCCUCAGAAAGGAGGAGAGAGGGGCUACAUUUACACAUCAAUUAACAACAUUCCACCUUUACGGCAUUAUUUGUUAGGUUUCAAAGGCAAACGUUACUUAGUAGGAGUCGGAUCUGAAACUCGGAACUCUUUAUACCAUAUGCAUAAUGGAGACGACAUUGUGCUCUUAACAACUUGCAGGCAUGGGAAAUUUUGGCAGAAAAAAGCCAGAGAAUUAAAUGACACCAGAUGUGCUGAAGACAACAGAGAAUUUGAUAGAUAUGAUUACAAAAAGUUGCUGUACAAUGCCACUUUCUGUCUGGUGCCAAGGGGUCGGCGACUGGGGUCAUUCAGGUUUCUAGAGGCCCUUCAGGCGGGAUGUAUCCCAGUCCUUUUAAGUAACGGCUGGGAAUUGCCGUUCGCGGAGGUUAUUGAUUGGAGGAGGGCAGCAGUGUGGGCAGAUGAAAGACUCCUGUUUCAGGUACCCUCACUUGUCCACAGUCUCUCACAACCAGCCAUUUUUGCCAUGCGGCAACAGACACAGUUCCUGUGGGAGGCUUACUUCUCCUCCAUGGACAAAAUCAUCCACACAGUUCUCGAGAUAGUGAAAGACCGAGUGAGAAGCUACUUUUCACGGAAUUCCGUUCAUUGGAACAAUUUUCCUGGUGCUUUAAACCUUCUUCCGGAAUACUCAGAUGUGCUUCAUACAUAUCCCUCAUUUUACAGACAGUAUGCGUACAAAUCCAACAACCAGUUUACGGUGAUUGUGUACGCCACUUCCCCGGUGCUUUUGUCGUCUGCUCCACUGUUUCGGUUGAUCCGGACAGUAGCCAAAUCUACAUUUGUACAGAAGAUUGUGGUCAUCUGGAACUGUGACACCCCUCCACCCCCCUCCUACCAGUGGCCAGCUGACCUUGGUAUUCCUAUACUAGUCAAAACUAAAAUCCAGAGGUCUGUCAGUGCUCGAUUUUAUCCCUAUGAAGAGAUAGAGACAGAUGCUGUGUUCAAUUUAGACGAGGACUCUCUUCUGACAACAGAUGAGAUCAAUUUUGCCUUCAAAGUUUGGAAAGAAUUUCCUGAGAGGAUUGUUGGAUAUCCGGCCAGGAAUCAUUAUUGGGACGAAGCCAAGAACUCGUGGAGUUACACUUCAAAAUGGCUGAACGAGUACUCAAUGAUCCUUACUAGUGGUGCUAUUUAUAAUAGGUACUAUAACUUCUUGUAUACAAACACCUUAAGUCCUUCUGCCUUACAAGUUGUGGAGAAACUGCAAAACUGUGAGGAUAUUCUAAUGAACUUCAUAGUCAGUGAUGUCACAAAACUCCCACCAAUCAAAGUCACACACCGCAAGGUUGCCAAGGAAACUAUGCUGCCAGGCAAAUCUUUGGCCAAUUGGUCUACAAAUGAAGUCCGGUUCAAACAGCGACAGUCAUGUAUCUCGUCCUUUGUGGAGAUAUUUGGAUAUAUGCCGUUAGUUCGCUCCAAGUCCCGAAUGGAUCCAGUGCUGUGGAAAGACCCCGUCUCCAACUUAAGGAAAAAAUACCACCAACUGGAAGUGAUAUAAUUAUUAAAGUAUUUCUUUAGAAUUUUUUAGGUAGAUUUGUACUUCUCUUUACAUGUUGAUAAGUUUUUGACAUGAAUUUUAGAAUUGUAGGAAGUAUACAGUUCAUUUGCAAUAUGCAAUUUUGAAUUAUUUUUAGAAAUUGAUUAAUUAAUUGUUAUGGAAAUAAUUAUGUAUUAUACACGUAUCUUAUUUGAA